UAAAACCCAAUUUGUGCUCGUCGAUCACCACCAGCAGCUUCAGAUAGAAGGAUCAUGAGCGCUGCCGAGCAAAUUCAGAGCCUCAUCAGCUCCCUGGAGACAGACCUGGGCAUUGAGGCUAACGCCCCGAUCGGCAACGACAAGAAGCCGCAGCAGCAGAAGGAACAGAAGCCUAAGACCAAGAAGGCCAAGGCUCCCAAGCCUGCCAAAGCACCAGCUGCCGACCCCAACCAACCCGAGAUCACCAAGCUCGACAUCCGCGUGGGCAAGAUCGUCAAGGUCUGGAAGCACGAGACGGCUGACAAACUCUACUGUGAGGAGAUCGACGUGGGCGAGGAUGAGCCGCGCCACAUCGCCAGUGGACUAGUGUAUCACUACUCGCUUGAGGAGAUGCAGGACCGCCGCGUGCUGGUGCUGUGCAACCUCAAGCCGCGCAACCUCGUGGGCUUCCGUAGCCACGGUAUGGUCAUGUGCGCUGCUGUGCCUCUGGAAGACGGCAAGGAGAAGGUGGCGUUCGUCACGCCUCCCGAGGGCGCCAAGAUCGGCGAGCGUAUCACGUUCGAGGGCCUCACGGGCGAGCCCUUCUCGCCUGCUCAGGUGGAGAAGAAGAAGGUGCUGACUGUGCUGGGCGACGACAUGAAGACGGACGACAAUGGCGUCGCCAAGUGGAAGGAGCACGUGUUCGGCACGUCGGCUGGCCCCUGCACGGCUCCCGUGAACAACGGCGUCAUUAGAUAAAGAAAGAGAGACUGAGAGGAAUGGCUUCACGAGGCACAGUACAAAGCAGUUUCUUACAUGGGGAACUCUUAACUAGUUGCGUUUACGUUUGGGUCGAGAACUUGUAGCAGCAUUGGACUUCUUGACAGGCUUGGUCUUCUUCUUGGCUUUCUUCUUAAGUGGGAGUGGCACAACUUCUUCCUCGUCCCGAUCUUGUUG